UGAAAUUAUAUUUAGGACAAAGAGACCAAAAUAAAAAAGGAAGAUUUCCAAGAUGGCCGCCCUCAUUCUGCAGCGCCUCAACACAGCCGGGCGCACGUUUUGCAAGCUGUAUAUGCAAGCGGGGCCGUCGUCGUCAACCAACACAACGCUGCUGGCACGAUCCAUCACCACCACCAGUUCGGUUCGGAAUCCAAACAACAACAGCGGCGGCGAUGGCAAGAGCAAACAUCAGCUGUCGACAGCUGACGUGAAGAAGAUUCCCGAUAGCGAGGUGAAAAAAUCCGUCUUUAUAUCGCAGUCCAAUGACAUCUUCGACAACCUUGCCCUGGAGGAUUGGAUCUAUCGAAACUUUGACUUUGCCCAUCACCACAUUCUGAUGCUGUGGGUCAACAAACCGACGGUGGUGGUGGGUCGCCAUCAGAAUCCGUUCGCCGAGACAAAUGUGUCCGCCCUGGCGCAGAACGGAAUUGAGCUUGCCCGCCGGAAUAGCGGCGGUGGCGCGGUUUAUCACGAUCUGGGCAAUCUGAAUUGUACUUUCUUUACACCGCGCGCCCGGUACGACCGGAAGUAUAAUUUGAAUUUAAUCACCCGUGCACUGUACCGUGAGUUCGGCAUCAGCGCCGAAAUAUCCGACCGGGACGAUAUUACGCUGCUAGGCAAAAAGAUUUCUGGAACAGCUGCUAAACUGGGUCAACCGAACGCUUAUCACCACUGUACACUGCUGGUGAAUUCGAACAAACUGCAUCUCGGUGAAUCGCUGACUAAAGACAAUGCCGAAAUCAUCAGCAAGGCCACCGCGUCCGUGCCAUCGCCGAUUAAAAAUUUGGUCGACGUGAACCAUACGGUCAACAUGCAGGCACUCUUAUCAGCCAUCGGGUACGAGUUCCUACGCACCCCGGCCACCCAGCUAACGGACGGAGGCCGUGACCUGUUGAUGAAACAGCUUGGCUUCCAGUUGAUCAACCCUUCGGAAAAGUGGUUCCCCGGUCUGAACGAAUUGCGCGAGAAUUUCGCCUCCUGGGACUGGCGCUUCGGCAAGACGCCCAAGUUUGCUGUACAGAAGAGCAUUCAACUGAAGUCAGAUCAGGCCAGCGACAGCCAGUCUCAUGAGAUGAAAGUUAAAGUGGAAGUCGAAAAGGGUCGCAUCCACGAAAUCAACCUCCUAAUUCCGGGACAGGAACCGAUUCCCGUCGUUUCGAAUCUGGUUGGUAAGCCGUACAUGGAGGAUUGCUUCAACGGCAUCCUGGAAGCAAUGAAGGGAGCCAGUGCUGAAAGCAUGAAACACGCAAUGGGUUUAUGAGAUCCUAGCCGGGAAAAGUGAACCGAAACGACCUCCGUCUUCGGCUGCUGCCACAGUGCCUGUGGUGGAAAGCGCUACGCUAUUGCCCGCUGCAUUCGCAGACGUAAUUCGAUAGCAGGCACUGUGGCGUGGCGCACCCUCUUACUCAUCAGAAAUGUAGAUUAGAAUUAGCGCAAACAUUUGCGACGUUUUACGUUUGCUCUAGUGGCCGUUUGUUUUUCCCUUUCUGUUUGUCGCUCGUAAUUGAUUCCCUUUGUUGUUUCAAAGCAAAACGUGCUGCGAAACGUAUAAACAUCUGUCGAAACAAGUCGGACCGGCAAGGUGAAAUACUAAUUACACACAGUUAGUCACCGCCGUCGAACCAAAUUGAUUUUUUAACAACAAAAGACUGAUACCAAAAUUAUUAGAAUGUAUCCUAGCCAGAUGGAAUGAAAAUUUGUUCAAAAUUUUCUGUCUAACUCUAGAGCGUUUUCGUACUAUAAGUGUAAACCAGCAGGAGUCGAUUCCACGCCCCCGCGAGCUAAUUUAAUUCGCAAAAAAAAAACAAAAAAGUUGGAAAUCAUCGCCCGUUGGGUUUAGCUUAGUAUCGUUUGAAGUUAGCUUAAUCAAUUAAUUUCAUAGUUUAUAAUAACAAUACCGCAAGAUGUAUAUUUCAUUCUUUUUGAUUGCUGAUAAGUUUCUUUUCGUUGUGUUUACUUACAAGCCUUCUACUUGUUAGCUAUGUCGUACUUUUCAAUCAGUUUUUCUACUUCUUGAAAACGUGUAAUAGCUUAAUCAAGAAUACGAGUCAUAUCAUUUACGUUUAGGAUGGGUUUUUGUUUUCUUAUUCUGUGAGCUAUUAGUUAACAAACAACUUAUUAAUUUUCCAGUCUGAGUACAAUAUUUGCUAACCCAGUUACAAAAAAAACAUCACAAUUUUAACACUGCUUUCGCGAUUUUUUAUUCACUGACAGUUGAUGUAGGUUGAAAAAAAAAAGCUUAUUAACCAUUUUGCAAACGUAUGCUUAUAUUUAGACUUAGACUUUUUAAUCAUGAGUAGCUGAAUCUGAGUACUAAACUGAAGAAUAUUAUACCCGUUGCCGAAAAAGGAUGCCUUUUAUUUUACCGAACAUCGCACAUAUACUGUAGAGUGAUUAUAACACUUUACCAAAUUAGAUAACUGUUAAGCGCUCUGCUGAUGGAUUCGUGUGAUGAAUUGUGACAAUAACAAGCAGGAUAGAAGACGACAUAUUAAAAGCAAAAAUUAGGAAA